AUGACCUUCUUGGAGGAGAAUAACCACCUGGACCAGCGCCAGUUUGCCUUCCGCAAAGGAGCGGGGACCGGAUCCCAUCUUGGUGCUUUUGGAGAGAUACUUCGUCAAGCUCUAGCCAACGACCAACACGCAGACAUCGCUAUUUUAGACAUCGUCAAAGCAUACAACACAGUUAGCCGAGAGGAAGUUCUUAGACAGCUGGCCAACUGGGGAGUUACCGGAAACUUAGGCAGCUUUAUAAAGGACUAUCUCCACGAUCGCACAUUCCGUGUAGGAAUCGGUGGUCAGCAAUCUAGAAUCUUCACUGAAGAAAACGGGGUCCCCCAAGGAUCCGUGCUUGCUGUUUCACUGUUUUUGGUCAGCAUGAACUCGCUCUUCGCCACCCUCCCAGAGGGUGUCCAUAUUUUUGUCUACGCCGAUGACAUCAUUACCGUAGUAGUAGGGAAGUCAACGACCCGAGUGAGAAUAAAGCUGCAGGCUGCAGUGAACGCUGUUAGUCGGUGGACCGAAACAGUGGGGUUUAACCUGGCAGCUGCUAAGUGCUCCAUCGCCCACUGCUGUAAUUUGCAUCACGUUGCCACUAGUCGACCAGUCAAACUAAAUGGCACUCUGAUUCCCUUCCGUCGAGAACCGAAGGUCCUCGGCAUCACACUGGAUCGGCGCCUCACCUUCAUGCCGCAUUUUCGAUCUCUCAAACGAGAUUGCGAAAGCAGGAAACGGCUAAUCCGGACCAUCAGUUACAGGCAUCCGACCUGGAAUAGGAAGACCGCCCUCAACGUUGGAGGGGCUCUGAUUCAUAGCAAGAUCUACUAUGGACUCGAGAUUACGAGCCACAACUGGGACGGUUUCAUGACUGUAUUGGCUCCUCUGUACAACAGCACGAUACGACUGGCUUCUAAUUUACUCCCAAGCACCCCAGCGGAAGCCGCUUGUGUCGAGGCCGGUAUGCUCCCCUUCCGGUGGGCCGCUGCCAACAUUAUGAUCCGAUGUGCCCUAAGAUAUCUGGAGAGGACAUCGGGCAACGACUGCAGCUUACUACAGUCCGCUCAAAACAUAUUUCGCGAGUAUACCGGUACGGAACUUCCCCAACUGGCUCGUCUUCAUAGAAUCCGGGACCGUUCCUGGUACGAAAGUCGGCCGUGCACGAACACCAGCUUAUCUAGGUCACUUGGCGCUGGACCCUCCCCAGAGGUAGCCCGAGCUAAGUUCCACCAACUAAUGAAAGAUCGGUUCACAAACCACGCCCGGAUCUUCACAGAUGCGUCCAAGCUAGUCGACAGAGUUGGAGUGGGAGUCCGGGGGAUAGACACAGGCCUCGCCUUCCGCCUCCCUCCAAUCUGCUCCGUAUUCUCAGCAGAAGCCGCAGCGAUUAGCCUUGCGCUGGCCAACAAAACAGAUGGCAUCCCGACCGUUAUACUAUCCGACUCCCUGUCGGUAAUCACCGCCUUGGAAACUGGUACAUCCCGCCACCCGUACAUACAGGCUAUCGAGAACUACUGCGAUUCGUUGACUACAAUUUGUUGGGUUCCUGGUCAUUGUGGGAUCAGCGGAAAUGAAGAAGCCGAUGCCCUGGCAGCGCGCGGGAGACGUACCGUGAAACUGCUCACCAAAUUGGUACCCUCCUCAGAUAUAGUCACAGAAUUCCGGAGGAAAACAAGAGAACAUUUCACCACCCAUUGGAGGAACCAAUACGGUCACCCCCAGGAGGUUAAUGGGGAGCUAGCAUGUUGGAUUGACCGCCCCACAAGACUCGAGCAGAGAGCCCUCUCCCGAUUGCGAACUGGCCACACCAAGAUCACCCACGAACACACAAUCACCAGGGUCGAUCCACAUGUGUGCCCUAUAUGCCAAAUAAGGCUUACUGUGGAACACCUCUUGGUGAACUGUCCGGAGUUCGCCAACCUCCGUAUCCUCCACCGACUCCCACUCUCCAUCAGGGACAUCCUAGCAAACGAUCCAGUGAGCGAAGACACUCUAAUCUCCUUUUUAAGAGAUGCGAGGCUACUCGAACGCAUCUAG